AUGAACCAAAUGCAUUUUGAAAUUUGCUGCGAGAANUCUAACAUUACAUGCUCCGUCAACCAAUUUGCUGACGUUUAUGCUGGAUUACAACAGGAUGUGUAUGUUUAUCUGUUCGACCGUAUUUCCAAUGUAUCACCAUGGCCUAAAUGGACUGGUGGCAUGCACGGAGAAGAAACCUACUACGUCUUCGGUGAGCCGCUCAAUGCAACCAAGGGGUACAGUGAGGCAGACAAAAAACUGAGCAAGGAAAUGAUGAAGUACUGGGCUAACUUCGCCAGAACAGGGGAUCCCAACAAAGAUGACAAAAGCCAAACGACUUCUGUUACAUGGCCGAAAUACGACACCACGCAAAAGAAGUACUUAAAACUUGCCGAAAAAAUUGAAGAAGGAUCAAAGCACCGGGAGGACCAAUGUACAUUCUGGAAAUCUAUUGAGGAUGAAGAAUUAGAACGUAAUAAGAAUAAUCUUUGUUUAUAGAAAAAUUCAUAACACCCUGAUCGUACAUUUUAUACGAUUUCGAUUAAUUGCCUGUAUUUAUACUGUAACUAAUUAUUUAAUUACUUGUCUUUUUGUUUAAAUUUAAUUUAAAAUUUUGACCAAGUCCUGCCAUGUAACUAGUAUGUUUUAUUCAUAAGAAUACCAGCAAUCGAAUAAAACCUUCAUCAUUACAUGCCAUUUGUUUAAUGCAGAAGAGUACCUUUAGAAAGGAAAAAUGAGCAUGUGUGUGUAUUCACCAAAGUUGACAAGUUUGCACAAAAAUAUAACAUUUUGACCAA